AUGUCAGCGUCGGAAUCGGAGUCAGGUAGUGCUGAGUUACUGGAUGCGACUCCUGCUGCUUCAACCUCCCGGCGCAGCAACCGAAUCGCAGCCCAGAGUGAGUCCGCCUCUCAGAUCAGGGAGACGCUAAGGGCUAGGGGAAUUACUCCGGCCCCGGGCCUGGAGCUUUCGCAGCUCCAAGAUCUGGCCAGCAACGGUGUGGUCUGCGAAACUCCGGUUCGGGUUCAACGCCCCGCAUCCUCUGGCCCCGCAGCUGCUCCGGGUCGGAAACGCACGAGGAAAACACACCAUCUUGCUCCUCAAGCCAAGCGUAAGCGAGCCUCGGCUGUCUCUGCUCCUCCUGACCAUCCAGAUGCUGCUCUCCAUGCACCAGAUGUCGCCCUCACAUCUACCCUUCAGUCUCUGGUAAACAGCAUGAAUGCAAUUGAUGCCCGCCUCCAGUGCCUGGAGAACGCCCAAGCCUCAUCCUCCUCCUCUGCCAUGUUUUCUGUCCCGCCAUUGCUGCACCCACCGGCGCCGGUAAUGGCCCCGGCACCGGUUCCUCAGCCAUCCUCAUCCUUCGCAACAGCCCCUGACGUGCCUCAGCAUUCCCUGGCCUCCGCUGUCCCCGCACCGACAAUAGGGUUCCGGGUGGGGGUCGUCUCGUCCCUUUCCUCCUCAUACGUCUCCAAAAAUCUUCAGUCCGCGAUCCAAGAGCCAGACUUAGUAUCUCAGUUACUUAAGAAAGAGCUCGAUAAAGGUUAUCUAAUUGGCCCAUUCAACUCGUCUCUGUUUCCCGUGUUUCGCACUAGCCCAGUGGGAAUAGCCACGAGAAAAUACUCCGGCAAAAAACGUCUAAUAGUCGACCUCUCGGCUCCUCGCUCCGGUCCAGUCCCAAGCAUUAACAGUCUCAUUCCUCCCGCACCUUUCUCUCUUCACUACUCCACUGUUGACAAUGCUAUCAAGCUUAUCAAGCUAUCCGGCCAGGGCGCAUGGCUUUCAAAAGCCGACAUCACCGAUGCUUUCAAAAUCUGCCCAAUCCAUCCCUCGCAGUGGCAUCUGUUCGGUCUCAAGUGGGAAUCCAAGCUGUAUUUUGCAGUGCGCCUCACGUUCGGUUGUAGGAGCAGUCCUUCCAUUUUCAAUCAGGUUUCCGAAGCCCUCUGCUGGAUAUUUUUAAACCGAGUCAGAGUUCCCUCUUUGCUUCACUUCCUGGACGAUUUUCUGCUAAUAGAUCCCCCGCAUGACAAUUCCGGCUCCUCGCUGUCCAAAUUGAAACUCCUGUUCCAAUAUCUGGGCGUCCCCCUCUCCGACGAGAAAACCAGUGGUCCAGCUACGCGCCUCGAGUUCUUAGGCAUUACUCUAGAUACAGUGGAAAUGAAAGCUUCUCUUCCAGCUGAGAAACUCGAACGCAUUCGCGAAAUAACCCACUCAGUCACGGCAUAUCAAGAAAUAACAAAACAGCAAAUGCUCUCUCUCCUCGGCCACCUAAAUUUCGCGAUGCGCGUGGUCCCUCAGGGUCGCUCGUUCAUUUCCAGACUGCUGGACAUGGCUGCGUCCGUGCCAAAUCUGCGUGACAAAAUCCUAUUGGAUGAUGGUUGCCGCUCCGAUUUGAAAUUUUGGUCGCAUUUGCUGAACCACUGGAACGGCGUGUCAUUCUUCUAUGAUGAUUUAGUAUAUUCAUCUGACUCGCUCAAAUUCUUCACAGAUGCCGCGCCCUCCGUGGGUUUUGGGGGCUAUUUUCAGGGCCAGUGGUUUGCCAGCAGAUGGCCCAAGUCCUUCCCUAAGGUCGAUUCCUCUUCAGCCCUGUAUGAAAUCUAUCCCAUUGCGGUAGCAUGCCACGUGUGGGGGAAAUCCUGGAAACGCAAACGCAUCGCUGUUCAGUGCGACAACGAGGCAGUAGUAGGCAUCAUCAAUAAAGGCCGUUCAGCCAGUCGCGAAAUCAUGCCAUUCAUGAGAUCCAUUACCUGGCUGUCCGUCACCCACAAUUUCAUUAUUACUGCCCGUCACGUGCCAGGCCGUGCUAACGUCAUUGCUGACUCCCUAUCCCGUUUUAAUUUCCAGGUUUUCAAGACUCUUUGCCCAGAAGCCAGCCCGACACCCACUGCAGUUCCUCCUCUAGAGGCACUAGCCCUCCACUAA